GAGCGCGCCGGUCGCGGCCCCACUAGCCGGCCAUCUUUAAAAAUAGCCCGCGAGUGAUCUACGUUACCAAUUAGGCGGGAAAUUUAAAGUGACAUUACUGUUAUUCGACUUUUAAAAUCCUUAACUGUGUAGUUACUCAGUUACUCAGUGUGUGGAAUAUGAUUUUAAAUGGGUGCAACAAACGAAACAAACAUCGAAUAUAUUGGAUUUAAAUGAUACAGAAAAUACGUAAAAUAAAAAUCUACAAUUAAAACAGUGGUCGUCAUAUCUACCAAUUAAAAAAAACAUCAUGGCUAAAAAAUGACGUUUAUAAAAGCGCGCCAAACACGUUUAAAAAUUAUAACAGUGGCUUUCGUGCGAUUUGGGGCAGUUUAAAUGAAAAUAGUGGAUAAAUCAAGUUCGACUUUAUUGAGAUUGGGUGAGGAAAACGACGGGAAGAUGUCGCUGGUAGCUCCUAGAAGGGUCCAGCUUGAUUGGGCGCCGAGCAUCCCAUGGGAGCAGGAGCCGACCUGCGAGAGGGAGCAAUCUUUCAAGCAGUUGGCACCGCACGCCUCUCACAGAUCAGAAUCCUCGUCGUCAUCAGCGGACACCGCGUCCCAGGGCUCGGGCCCUGCCGCUCAGCAGCAGCCCCGUGCGCGCCGCCAUGAGCCACAGAGGGAAGAGCGGCGCGAGGAAGCCGCUAGCACUCCCAGAGUGCAACCUAAUCCUUUACUGAGGUCGCGUACCCUCCCUAACUUCGGCGGCAAUCGUUCUCGCGAGGCGUCCCGCUGUGACACAUCGCGGCGCGCGCACCACAUCACCAUGGCAUCCGAGGACCUGCUGCAGCCGGGACACGUCGUCAAGGAGAGAUGGAAGGUUGUAAAAAAGAUAGGUGGCGGUGGAUUCGGGGAGAUCUACGAGGGUCUAGACCUGGUAACACAAGAACAGGUGGCACUCAAAGUGGAGUCAGCUAGACAACCUAAACAAGUACUCAAGAUGGAAGUGGCCGUGUUGAAGAAACUACAAGGCAAGGAGCAUGUGUGUCGUUUCAUCGGUUGCGGUCGUAAUGCGCGUUUCAACUACGUAGUGAUGCAACUGCAGGGUCGGAAUCUCGCAGAACUGCGACGAGCGCAGCCCCGAGGAGCUUUCUCACUCUCUACUACUCUACGAUUGGGCCUUCAAAUAUUAAAAGCAAUAGAUUCAAUACAUUCUGUCGGAUUUCUACAUAGAGAUAUUAAACCUAGUAACUUCAGUAUCGGCCGGCAUCCGUCGAACUGUCGUCGCGUGUACAUGCUGGACUUCGGACUGGCGCGCCAGUAUACCACCAGCAAUGGACAGGUGCGCCCGCCGCGCGCCGCCGCUGGAUUCAGAGGCACUGUGAGAUACGCAUCUAUCAAUGCUCAUAAAAACAAGGAGAUGGGCAGACACGAUGAUCUCUGGUCGUUGUUCUAUAUGCUGGUUGAAUUCGUCAACGGACAACUGCCUUGGAGGAAGAUUAAAGAUAAGGAACAGGUGGGGCUGAUGAAGGAGAAGUACGACUACCGCCUGCUGCUGAAGCAUCUACCAUCAGAGCUGCGUCAGUUCCUGGAGCACGUGCAGCAGCUGGAGUACGCGGACUCGCCGGACUACACCAUGCUGACGUCACUGCUGGAGCGCUGCUGCAAGCGCCGCGGGAUACGGGACUCCGACCCUUAUGACUGGGAGAAGGAUGCUGUAACAGCGGCAGCGGGUGCGCGCGCACGGGCCGCACUAGCGCCCACCGAGCCCGCAGCCACGGAGCCAGACCACGCCCCCGACAGACAGGCGCGCCGCCGGCUGGAGACGGAGGGCACGGCGGCGGUGGCGACGGACACGCACACGCACGCGCACAAGGAGAAGCGCGCGGCGCCCGCCAGCCCGCGCCACGCGCACGCGCACCCGCACAGCCCCGCCACGCACCACAUCAACGGAUACUCUGCGACGGAUAAGGCGACGCCAGAAAAGGAAGCGGAAGUCAGAACUACGCCUGCGCCAUCUCCCGACCGACAUGUUAAUAAGGAAAGUGGUGCUACAAGCGCGGCGGGCGGCGGGGGCGGUAGUGCGGGUAGCGGGGGCAGCGUGGCGACGCGCCCCGAGCGCCAGAGCGUGCCGCCCUGCAGACCCAGGCCGCCGCCCCUCGCUGGUGGUCCGACGUUGGCCCGCCUCCGCGUGGUGACGGCGCCGCCCACGUGUGUGCAAGAACUAGCGCAUGCGCCCUCGCCUUCCCUGCAGGGAGACGCUGUCAGCCCGCGCAUCAUAGCUGACGUGGACAGCGUGCAUUCUGAUACACAUUUCAAGAGAGGUGGCCGUAGGACAGCAAGAGCUCGUGCUGACCAGAGCUACACUCAGUUCGCAGUUAUGGAUGAUGACAAUGUGUCUGCAUUGCAACAGAUGACGAAGGGAGGUGCGUUGACUCUGGUCUCGCUUUGGAAGUCGCAGUUCGACGACUCUGAGGAGACCACAGAUAACGAGUGGAAACAGGAGCAGCUGCAGGUAUAUAAACACUCGCCAGAGCACCGUGGCGGGCGAGCGACGAGCGCGGUGUCGAGCUGCUCCAACGCAGCGCGCACGCAGCUGCCCGCCACGCACACGCAGCACACGCAGCACACGCAGCCCUCGCUGCCCACCCCGCCCACGCAGCAGCCGGCACCGCCCUCCCCCAGCAAACCAACACACAACCAGGUAGAAGUAGUGGAGAAAGUUGAAAAGGUUGAGAAAACAGAGAAGACGAAGAACGACGCGAAGGUCCGUUGCUGUUUGCACAGCGCCGGUAUUGACGCCUUCCCGCACUUGCGGCCCACACUGCCGCGCAGCUGGACAUUGCCUGCUAUUGGUUCCCGUGUGAGGUCACUCCGUCCGCCGCUGCUGCAGCAGGCGUCGUUCGACGGCGGCGCGGCGGGCGCGCUGCGCUACCGGCUGGACGUGAUGCGCGGCGUGGCGGCGCGCAGCGACGGACCCUCGCCUGAACCCUCGCCGCCCAGAGCUGCCAGUUUACCAGAUGUGUCGCGGUCCGGCAGCGGGUCGGCGUCAGACCGCGGCGGAGCGCGCGCGCGGCCGGCGGAGCGCACCGUGUCCAGCCGGCUGGAGAUACGCGUGCGCGCCACGCCGGAGCCGCACGGCUCGCCCGCGCACGCCGGCACACAAGUGCGUAUCCACUCAGUGGUGACAGGCGGGGAGCCGGUGCGACUGAACCAUGAAGAGGCGUCCGUCUAUUACGAUGCUACUGAGCACCAGCGGGCCCCCAGAUCUUCAACACGCAGCGUAGACAAAAGUCAAAGCCCCGCGGCUGUAGAGAGGACACGACUUGAUGCGAUACAAGACAGAAGCAGUUCAGUAACACGACGCGAAGUUAAUGCAGCUGGUGACAGUUCUCACAGCCUUAGAGAUCGAUCUACAUCUCGUAUUCCUGUGGCGACGGGUGCUGCGGUGGGUGCAGGGGGUGCAGGGGGCGCGGCUGGGGGUGCAGGCGGUGGGUGCGGGGGGUGCGGCGAGGCGCGCGGCGGGCGGCUAGCCAAGUGCGCCUCCUGGAGUGGCGAUGGACCAUUGUCGCCAUCCCCAGACCCCAAUGACCUCACGCCAGCUCUGCGCAGACGUCGUCAGAACGCCAAUGACAAGUACGCGGUGGACCCCGCGCGGGAAUUGAACCUGAGAUUCGCGCGCCCGAGGCACCGCCAGCCGCCGCAGCCGCACACCAGUAGGAGCGGCGCGCGCGGCGUGCCGGCGCUGCUGCUGUCGUCUCCGCCGGCGUCGGGCUCCGCCGCGUCCGGCGCCUCGGGCUCCUCCUCCUCCGGCUCCCCGCCGCCCGCGCCGCCGCCCGCCGCCGCGCCCCCGCACAACGCCGCGCGCGCGCGCCGCUUCAGGCCGCUCUCGAUCGCACCAUAGGAGACGGCCACCGGCUGUGACGUCACAGUUGAGAAUCCUUUCUAAGAUGGCCGAGACACGUCCGCAAAAACUGUUGGAAUACUCUAAAUAUAUUAUAUUUUCGCAAAUCAAGUCUACGCCGCGGUGAGUACGAGAGACAUUAUGUACAUGUAUAGUGCUACAAAAUUAUCUGGCUCAUAGGAUGGUUAGAAUAGGGCGGGCGUCCGCCCAGGGCACUGGAUAGUAAAGGGCGUCAAAGUCAGUGAAUUACAGUCCCCUAAGCCUGUUAACCUCCCUCCCUCCCCUUCCCCCAAAGGUAAAAAGGGCGAGCAGUACAAAUUUCGACCAGGGCGUUGGUAACACUAGAAGCAAUACUGCCUCAAGGAAAGUCACUUGUCUUGUUAGUUUUGUCAUAUGUAAAAUCUAUUUAGGCAUAGACAAAAUAGUCUAGAAAUUUGUUAUUUUUGCCGCUGGCAGGACUGCACUGCUAUUGUAACCGGGUCGGAUAAGUUAGUCGGACUAUUAAAAUGUAUGUACAGUCUAAGAAAUCAUAUCCCACACACUCAAUGCUACGCCAAAUGUCAAUUGUUUUGAAAAAAUGUUAAAAAAUAUGCAUUUUGCUUAUUGAAAUAUUACUGUGAUUUUUUUUAAAAAAUAAUAAAAAAUGUUAAAAAUAUAACACUAUAGUACAAAUUGUUAUCGAGUGACAGAAAAAAACGCUUAAAAAUGUGUUCCAAUGCACAUAUCUGAGUGUAAAUUACCGUAAAGGUGAAGCCACACUAAAGUUGAUUAUUUAAAAUGUUAAUUUUUCUAACAUUUUCAUC